AUGGAAGACGAUGAUACCAGCCAUUCAAGCAAUCAGUUCAAGGUUGAUGGCGAUCAUAACACAGUUAUUCAGCAAUUUCUGCCUAACAAUAUAUCCAGAAAGAGAGAACAGUUGUUUUGGUAUGAUAUUCGAAGCUUCCCUGAUUCGUUGCUUGUCGAAAUUCUCGCUAGAUUACCUCUCAAAUCAAUUUUUAGGUUUAAACGUGUCUGUAAGCAUUGGCACACCCUAAUUUCUCACCCUUCCUUUUGCCGAUUCUAUUUCUCAAUUCUCAAUUCGAACGCAGCGUCUUUCAGAAUCUUGUAUAGCAUUGAAGAACACGAAGGACAACGACCUUAUCAGUUUAAGGUUUUAGCUAUGAGUAAUGGUUUGAUUCUGUGUUGUUUGUGGUCUUCAUCACCAUUUGUUUACUACGUCUGUGAUCCAGUCACUCGCCAAUGGAUCGUUUUACCUACAAGUACUUCCCAAUCGCAGCUUUUCUUCGGUGAAGGGCUUAUUACUAGGGUUAAUCAAGAUCAUAUACUUACUGAUUAUACAGUUGUUAGGGUCAAUUUUCCUGAAUCUCAAUCCAAUCAUCUGAAUUUAGAGAUGUUUUCAUCCGAAACAGGCAAAUGGGUUAGCUACAAGUUAAAUUGCCCUACUCCCAUCAAACUGCGGAAGAUUCAUGGUGGUGCCCCGAUUCAUUGUUACGGAGCUUUUCAUUGGUUGACUCACAAUCAUGGCAUAGUUGCUUUUGAUCCUUACAAAGAUUCGAAAUCUGUUCGCCUGAUUCCACUCCCACAUGACAGAGAUCUCGAAAGUGAGCAUAAUCACGAUGGGCUUUAUCGAUUAUUUGAUGAAUGGCAUGGAACUCUUCGUUAUUUCGAGGUGGCUGAUGAUCCCACCAAGUUGUAUUUUCUGAUCAUGUGGAGUAUGAAGGAUUAUGAGAAAGGAGAAUGGUGUUGUGAAUUUAAGGUGAGGCGUAGCGAUCUUCAUUGUAGAGAUUUGGAAUUGAGUAAUUGGUUGUUGAAAGGGAAAUUUCUUCCGAUAUUGUUUCAUCCGUUGAAUCUGAAUGUUGUGUACUUGAGAUGCAUCGAGGUUGGUUGUAUUGUGUCGUAUGACGUUGUGAAUAGAAGACUGGAUGUUGUUUGUAAGCUGAAUGGCGGCCUUGAAGAUGGAGAAGUCUUUUCUUGGCGUGUGGUGAUCCCGUUUUUGAUACCAAGGUGGCCGCAACCUCUCCCCACCACCCCAAGAUCUGUCACUCCACCACCACCACCACCACUGCGACCAUGGUGA